AAUCAAUAAAAAGUAGCUUUUCCGCUUUAUGAUAGUAAAAAUUUUUUAAUGUAUGUUUUUAUCUUUACCUCCUAAUACUAACUGUAUGUUUCAUUCAUCAAAUUUUCUUAAGAAAAAUUAUAUAAACUGGUUUAAUCUUAUUCGAUUAUUAUUAGUUUUAUAUACUUUUAAAACUAUCUUUACCUCAAAGUUUUUCUUAUUUCAUUCCGUAUCAUUUCUCAAUCUAAAAGGUAGGAUAACUUUUAUGUACAAAAUUUAAUAUACCCACUCCUCAGAAUCAAACUAA